AUGACGACUUCCAAUUCCAUCGACGGCGCCACCGUCGCCCCCCGCUUCGCCCCUUUCAACAUCAUCUCCCUCGACUACAAACAAGUCAAAGGCGUCGGAAUCCCCCUCUCGAUCCUCAUCCCCAAACAGCUCAAAAAGGGGAAACACCCCAUCGCGAAUGGACCCUCUCCCUCUCCCUCACCCACAAUCUCCCUCGCGCCCGACUACCGCCUCCUCCCCUCCUCCAACGGGCUGGACAUCCUCUCCGACGCCGAGGACUUCUACACCUGGCUCUUCUCCCCAAACACCCUCACCGCCCACCUCCCCGCCGGCAUCCUCCCCGACCUCACCAGCGUCCUCGUAACAGGCGAAAGCGCCGGCGGCUGGCACGCCCUGCAAGCCGGCCUCCUCCACCCGUCGCGAAUCACAGCGAUAAUAGCGCACUACCCCAUGAUCGACCUCGCCUCGCCGCACUUCAGUCAACCCCCACCCCCAAACCACCCCAAACAAAUCUUCUCCCCACCACAACCCCAAGCCGACCCCUCCCUCCUCAUAACCUACCUUUCCACCCUGAGCGGGCAAGAAAUCAUCCCCAACCGCAUCCCCCCCGACGGGGAUAUAAACGUCCUGAUCAUGCUCCAGCAGGGUCUGUAUCCUCACUACUUUGGCACGGAUCCGAGGUUGUAUCCGUUGGAGGUGUUGGAGCGGGUGGAGGGGUUCCCGCCGAUGUGGGUUUUGCAUGGGGAGGGGGAUUCGGUUGUGCCGGUGGAGGGGACGAGGAGGUUUGUGGAGGCUUUUGAGGCGAAGGCGAGGGGGAGGGAGGCGUGGGGGCCUUUGUUUGUGAGUUAUAAGGAGGGGGCGGAGCAUGGGUUUGAUUUGGGGGAUGAUGGGGUGGGGUGGAGGGAGGAAGGGAUUCGGUUUAUUGAGAGGUUUUGGCCGGUGAGGGAGGAGGAAUAG